UUCCAGGCGGACCAAGGCGGGCAACGUCGGCGAGCUGGAGCUCUCGUCUUGCGGCGCGCAACUCAGGUCGCCGCGGGGGAUUCCGUGUCCGAGGCGGCAGCUCUUUUUUGGGCCGAGGGCCCUUUAAAUCACUCCUGCUUCGGUGGGCGAGGACUUUCGUUUUCUGUAGUCGCUGCCCCCCCCCCCCCCGCAUCGAUCCAACCUCCUCCUCCUCCUCUUAAAGGUGAACAACGCUCUGCCGCCGCUGCGUCACGGAGACGGACCUUUCCCGGGAGGACCGGCCUGACUUGAAGAUAUUGAGAAGAUGCUGCUGUCCAAACCCAGCAGGAAUGGCUUCUGGAUCCUUCACAGAACACACUGGUUGAGAGAGAUGCCUUGGAGGCCCCACCCUCCAGCCUGCAUGGCUUGGACGACCUACCGCAACUAUGGCACUUGGAACGAUGCUGGCAGCACAAGGCGCAGGGUCAUGGUAGCAGCAGGGGCCGGGCUGGGCAUAGGCACCAUCUUGGCUUAUGGAGAUCACCGUCGGCGGGCAGCUGAGCCUGAGACCCCAGCGCCCGCAGCUGGACCCCCAUUUACGGUCUUUACCCGGAAGGAGGUGGCUCGCCACAACAGUGAAGCGAACCGGGUGUGGGUGACCUACGGCAGCGACGUUUUUGACAUCACAGACUUUGUAGGGGUGCAUCCUGGAGGCAAAAGUAAGAUCCUCCUGGCAGCAGGGGGCGCUCUGGAACCGUUCUGGGCCCUCUACGCCAUGCACAAACAGGAACACGUGCUGGAGAUCCUUCGUGGGUACAAAGUGGGGGAGCUGAGCCCCGAGGAGCCUCCGCAGCCAAUUCCAGGAGACCCGUACGCCGAGGACCCCCAACGGCACCCCGCCCUCCGAGUGAACACCUCGAAGCCCUUCAACGCAGAGCCCCCUCCGGAGCUGAUUGCCGAGAACUACCUGACUCCCAACCCGCUCUUCUUCAAGCGCAACCACUUCCCCGUGCCCGUGGUGGACCCUGCCACCUACCGGCUGCAAGUACAGGGUUCCGGUGGGCGGACAAUGUCCCUAUCUCUGCAGGACUUGAAGAGGAGAUUCUCCAAGCACGAGGUGACCGCCACCCUGCAGUGCGCCGGCAAUCGUCGGGCCGAGAUGAACGCAAUCAAGAACACCAACCGGCUGGGCUGGGGCAUCGGGGCCAUUAGCAAUGCGCGCUGGGGCGGUGCCCUGCUUCGGGAUGUCCUGGCGGAAGCCGGGUACAAACCCGGCGACAAGGGGCACGUCUGCUUUGAGGGGCUGGACAAGGAUCAGAGCGGCACCGUUUACGGGGCCUCCAUCCCUUUUAAGAAGGCCAUGAGUCCCGAUGGGGACGUCCUCUUGGCUUAUGAGAUGAACGGGGAGGAGCUGCCCCGGGACAACGGGUUCCCCCUCCGAGUCAUUGCGCCGGGGAUAGUCGGCGCUCGUAACGUCAAGUGGCUGGCCCGGAUCACGGUGGGCCCGGAAGAAAGCCAAAGCCACUGGCAGCAGAAGGACUACAAAGGAUUCUCCCCUUCCGUGACGUGGGACAACGUGGACUUCUCCAGCGCCCCUGCCAUCCAAGAUAUGCCCGUGCAGUCGGCAAUCACCGACCCGGGCCCAGGUGCCUGCGUCUGCCCUGGGGAGCUCACGGUGAAAGGCUAUGCUUGGAGCGGAGGGGGGCGGAGGGUGAUCCGUGUCGACGUUUCGCUGGAUGGCGGGAAGAGCUGGCACGUGGCCAAGCUAACCGGGAAGGAGCAGCUGCCUGGCCGAGCCUGGGCUUGGCAGCUGUGGCAGCUGGAUGCCUGCGUGCCGGAAGGCACCAAAGAGCUGAACAUUGUCUGCAAGGCUGUGGAUGCCAGCUACAACGACCAGCCGAACACAGUGACGCCCAUCUGGAACAUUUUGGGAGUGCUCAACAGCGCGUGGCAUCGGGUCCACGUCACCGUGGGCGAGGAGUAAGAGGCUGAGUCGUGCCUCGUUGCCUGAAAGAAACAAAGGGUUACGGAUCGCGGUUGUUUUGCACCUUCCUUCUUCCGAGGGUACCACUGCCUACAUCCUCGUGGGAGAGGCCAAGGAGAAGAGGUUAAGCAUUUGUUGUCACUGCAGCUACCGCUGAGCUGCAGCUUCUAUCAUUCCUGACCAUCGACUUUGCUGGCUGGGACUGAAAGGACAGCUGGAGGUCACCACCUUGGCGAGCCCCGUUCGAGAUGGAUGAAGGCCCUUUUACUACCUCUUCUCUAAUCUCUCUGUCUUUUAAGGAAGCCCUUCUGCUGCCCUUUAGAAUUCCUUGUGUGUUUGUCUCUCGAGAGGCGAAUGCGCGCAGCCUUCACUGAGUUGCCUUCGUUAUCUCCUGCGCUCUGCUCCUCCUCCUUAGGAUUGCUUUCUAGUGGUUCUUACAGCCGUUACAAGAGCUGUUCCCUCAUUCCCCGCCCCUGCUCAGAAGACACGGUCGUGGGUGACCAGAUGAAAAAGGAGGACAGAAAUCUCGACUCUUUUGAAGAGGCAGUUUCAGCAGCUGUUGACAUGUUACAGGAGCCCUUUGUGUCCAGCAAUCUAGCAGUUUUCUAUCUGGAAGGAAGGGUUCUGACAAUCGCUUUUGUGAAACACUUAACUCUCCUGCCCUAGCAGGACUAAAAACACAGA